AUGUCGGCCUCGCAGCCCAUCCCCACGCCCGCCGCCUCUGCCUCGCACCCCAUCGCCCUGCCCGCCUCGACGCCGCCGGCGUCUGCCUCGUCGUACUCGCGCUCGCCGCCGCGCCCGCUCCUCUCGCCGCUCCUCUCGCGCACGGCCUUCACACUGCCUACGCCCGCCGCGGCCGCGCACCACCGCAGUCGUUCCUUCUCCAGCUCGCCGCCCGACGAGGCCGGCCCCACGACGCCGCUCUCCAGCCCGCCGGCGCAGCAGCCGCAGCUCGGCAGCAGCUUCAGCGGCGCGCCGCUCGGACGCGUGCCCAGCGCAGGCUACGGCAGCUACGGCGCCGCCAGCGGAUACGCACUCGGACGCGUGCCGUCGGGCAACAGCGCGGCCAUGAUGGCAUACAGCCCCGAGACGGAGCACAAGGCCAUGGGCCUGCUUCGUCGCUUCUCCCUCAGCGGCAGCGGCGCCGUCAAGCCCUCGCUCAACUCCGCGCCCGCCACGCAGCAGAUUGGCUUCGAGCGGCACGGCCGCAGCGCCAGCGUGGCGUCGACGGCCUCGACCACGAGCAUCGCCGGCACGGCCGCCGCCGAGCCGCGCUCGGCGCCCGCCAUGGUCGACCCGGCACUGGCGGCGCAGGCGCGCGGCCGCAAGGGCAGCGUCGGCGGCAACGGCAAGCGGCGGCCCAGCCCCAUGGGCGAGCGCCUGCUCAUGGGCCACUUCAACGCUCACUGA